AUGGGGAAGCCGAAUAAUGAUGACAGUCAACUUGUUGAUCGUACAUCUUCACCAUCACCAAUUCAACCUUUACCUCCACCACCAACUGACUUUGAUAUGAAUUGGCCGACAACAUUAAGUCAAUCGGAGCCAAGUUUUCAAUCUCGUCAAAGUCAAUUAUUAAAUCGUUUAUCAUCUACUGCUUAUAAUUCAUCAUCUUAUAAAGUAUCAAUUGGACACGAAACUGUUAAUAUAACAGAAAUAGCUCGUCAUCGUGAAUCAUUAUCAGAUCAAACAAUACCAAUGGUAAAUGUUAAUGAACGUCGUCGAUUGUCUACAUCACGAAAGGGUGCUAAUAUAAUAAGUUUAUGUUUUAUGUGUUUUGUUUCUGCUUCACUUAUACUUAUUGCUAUAUCAACAAUGAAUUUAAUGUUAAAAACAAAUUCUAUACAUAAUCAUGAUAUGAUUUCUCAUUUAGCUAAAUCAAUGAAUAUAACAACAAAUAUUAUUUAUAUGAUAGCAACAUCAAUACCUAUAACAGAUACAAUAUCAAAUCUUAUUAUACCAACAUAUGAUCGUUGUAUACGUGAAUUAGCUACAGUUAUAUGUUUAAUAAUUAUUGUAUUAAAUUGUUUUUGUGUAUUAAUAUUUAGUAUUGAAAUAUAUCUUGGUUGUAAUAUAACAAAAGAUAAAUUAAAUUCUUAUCGUUUUACUUAUUUAUUCAAUUCUUCAACAUCACGUUUUAUUGCUAUAUGUAGUUUUUAUGCAUCAAUACCAGCAUUUAUACUUGUUAUGUGUUUAUUUAUAUUAUUAAAUAUGUCACUUAUACCAGCAAUAACAUCAUUAAUUGUUCUUGGUUUUGGUCUAAUAUUUAUUCUUAUGACACUUUUAACUUAUUUUUUAACAUGGCAAAAUAAUAAAUUUAAUGGUAAAUUAGGUGGAAUAAAUUCAUCUAUAUAUCAUACAAUUGAUGGAACACAUAUAUGUGAUGGUGAUAUUGAUAUAGCUAAAACUGAUGAACUUUCAACACUUGUAUAA